AUGCUGCCACCAAUUGAUGAGUCCGUGCUGCAAAGCAAUCCCAAAUUCGCAGCUUUAUAUUCUACGCUCACAAAUAACAUUCUCAAUCCAUCCGGAUCCACGAGAAAGCACCCCGCACAAAAAGAACGCGAUGCCGUCUCUGAAGCACUCAAAAGCGCCCGCAUCCAAGACGCAAAGACCCAGCUCAUCCGCAGCGGUCUGAAAUCCCUCGAUCUCAGCCCCCCAUCAACGUCUACAUCCACAAGUACGCGAGCCAGCGCCAAACAAGCCGCCAAGCAACAACCCCCCCUCCCCAGCGAACUCAUCGAACUGAUCCUCCUCCUCUCCGCGCGCCUCUCCUCGCCCUCCCUCCCCACCUCCUCAACCCACCUCCUCGAAACCACCUCCCAAUGGUGCUCCCUCCCUACGCACCUCCCCACCAUCAGCUCUCUCCUCUCUAGCCACCUACACACGCAAGCCCUCGCACUAUCCCGCAUCCACGCCCCCACGACCAACGCCUCAUUUCUCCACCGCACCAUUCCCAAGCUCGUGCCCGGCACCCACUUCCUGCAGGAAUCCAUCGCAAAAAAGAAGGCCGCGCUCGAACACCGCCGCCAAGCGCUCGUCUCCAACACCACGACGCUGCUCUCCAUCUACCACCUCGCGAGCGCGCUCACGAUCCAGAUCCUCGAGUCGUCGAAACACGGCGGCGCGGCGCGGCACGCGCGCGCCAAAGCGGACUUGCUGAGCGCGCAGGCCGCAGAGACGAAGCUGGAUGCGGGCGAGAAGAAGGCUAGGGCGGAGAAACAAGUGUAUAGUGAGGAGGUGAGGAGGGCGCUGGCGAAUUAUGUGAGGCAUUUGAGGGAUGCGAGGGAGAGGUUGAGGGAGCGGAGGAGUGCAGCGGAGAGGGCGCUGUGGGGGUAUGGGGUCGGGAGGAAGGAGGGCGAGGGGCUGGAGAAGGAGAAGGUUAUGAAGGAGAUUGCGAGGGUGUAUGGGGAGUUGGUUAAGGAGGUGGCGGAGGUGGGGAGGGAUGUUGAACGGUUGAGGAGUCGAUAA